AGAAUUUGUUUUAUAAUUGUAAUUCUGGAAGUCGUGAUUUUGUUCGACUUCUAACUAUAGGAUUUUUUUCGAUGAGUCCGACCUAACUGCAUCUUUCUGACACAGUAAGAUUCCUUUUGUUUGUGGAAUUGAGUUAAUAAAAAAAAUUUAAAACAACGUAACCUCAAUCUUGUUGAAAAUGUCGGUAGCGACUUUGGACACGAAUGAGCAUUUCGUAAAUUUCACUAGGUCUGCAUCAUUAACAGUUGUGCAUUUUUCUGCAAAUUGGGCUGAUCAAUGUGGGCAAGUAACAGAAGUACUGAAUGAACUUUCUAAACUUCCAGAAAUACAAAAUAGUGGUAGUAAAUUUGGCAUUUGUGAUGCAGAGAACCUUUCAGAAAUUUCAUUACAAUAUAAGAUUGACUCUGUACCAACUGUUAUAUUAUUUAAAAAUGGAUUGCAAGUAGAUAGAAUUGAUGGUGCAGAUGCAGCACAAAUCACCUCUAAGGUGAAGUUACAUAGUCUUGGUAAAGGAGUAUCAACAGUGUCACCAGAAAAAUUGGAAGAUAGAUUGAAGGCUCUUAUUAAUAGACACAAAGUCAUGGUUUUCAUGAAGGGUAAUAGAGAUACACCUAGAUGUGGAUUCAGUAGGACUCUUAUUCAAAUCCUUAAUGGCACAGGAGUACAAUAUGACACAUUCGACAUACUUACUGAUGAGGAAGUCCGUCAAGGUCUAAAAGAGUAUUCUGAUUGGCCUACUUAUCCUCAGCUUUACGUAAAAGGAGAACUAAUUGGGGGAUUAGACAUUAUUAAGGAACUUCAGGCCAGUGGAGAACUGGAAUCCACAUUGAAUGCUUAAAUAAUUAAUUAGAUUCUUUUAAUUUAUUGAAAUAAAUGUCUCUGGGUUUUCAUUGAACAUUAUCUGUAAUUAAGAUUUUAUAUAUCAAAAUAUAUACACAUCACAGUAUUACAGAAAGGCCAGUUAAGAUUUUACCAACAAAUCAAUACUACCAAUGAAUUGAGAAAUAAAAC